CUUCCUGUGGAGAGUUACUGUGCAAAAAUGUAUGCGAAUAUAAAUACAUUUUGCACAUCACUAACUGCAACGAACAGCUGACACCAUUUGCUUAUUAGUGUUCGAUAAGCGCGAAGCGCAAAUCUUUCGUUUUGUAUAUAUUUUAGUUGAUUUUUCUUAUCAUUUGAGGCACCACAGUGCUUUUAACUAAACGAAAAUAUCACACUGAAAGUGUAGCCGUUAUGCUUAUAUAUCUUUUUCGCAUUUUGAUGAGUAAUAAAUUUCUGUUUUUCCUCAUAUGUGUGGUGAACUUGCGCGAUUUCUUGGACAACCUACACAAAUAUGAGUUCAAACGUCAACCUCUUGAACAGCUUUAUAGUAAAAGUCAAAUUAAACAGUGCAAAGAAAUAUACGAAAGUUUGGAUUUUGAUUACCCAUCAGCUGCACACAAUGUCCUCAGCUUUUUGGGUUCUAAAACCAAAAGCCGCAGACGAACGCAAAUAUAUCGCACCAAAAAUGGCGAUACAAAAGUCAUAGCAAAAAGCUAUCCAGGAAGUCUAGAUAUUAUUAAAAGACUCACUUUUCCGCUAAAUCGUGAAUUGUUAAAAAGAGAGUUCCUCACAAACGCUCAACACUUAGACUUACAGUUCUGUCCACAUGAAAGUAUACAACAAUUUGUGAAUUUUUUCAGCAUUACUAGCGGGCACAACGAAACAACUGUUUGGCUUUGUAUGCUCACUAAUGCUCAGCUAAUUUUACAACCCUAUUUUGAAAUGCAUGGUUUUCCAGUGCCGGCGACCUAUGGUAUAUGUGGGUUCACCGUAUUUCAAGAACAUGUUGGCAAAACUCUAGACCACUUCUAUAAUGCAAAUUUUCGAAUUAAAUUACGAAUAGCCAUACAGUUACUUCAGGCAGCUUUGAAGUUUACAAAUGGUUUUGAAGGCUAUCGUAUAUAUAUAACCGAUUUAACCGCCGACAAUCUGGUCUAUAACGUUAAGCGUGAUAAGCUUUAUUUCAUUGAUUUAAACACGGCCUACAUCGUGGAUGCGAAAAGCGUAAUUAAUACAGAGGCAGUUGAUCAUCACGAACUCAUUGAGUGCAACGAUUGUUUCGCCUUCAUACCGGAUCGAUUGUGUCAAAAUAGUAUAAGUGAUUUGAAUUUACUAGAGUCAUGUCUCUUUUUGCGUGAAGACUUGAAAGGUGAUCGUGUGAAAGGCUUUUUAGGCCCAUUGCCCAUGCAAGUACUGGUUAAAUAUCCACUCUUGGUGCGCUUGCUAGACUGGUGUGUCGAAGGUGGCGAUAGCAGUGAGGGAAACACUUUUGAAAAUAUGGCGCGUUUCAGGGCGACUAUUAAUUUAAUAGAAUUACUUAAAAGCAUACUAAACGAUAAUAAAGUGAUAUUAUAAUACUAGUUACUGUAUAAGUGAAAAAAGUGCACUUUUUAGUAUUGUAAGUUUAGAUCAAAUGAGUUUAAGUUAUAUUACGCUAUUUAUAAAUGAACGUGGAAGCAAAUUUUUAUUAAUGUGUAUUUAUAAGCAAAUUAUAGAUUUAAAAGUAAAAAUUUGUUUAUUUUGUUCUACGUUGAUAAUGAAUAUGUAAAUGUUAGGUAAUGCAAAAAUAAGUGUAAUUUUUUACCGCUUAUCCAUUCGUAGUGUUGUUUGUGACUUUUUAAUUGCAAAUACAUUUAAUUUCUUUUUUAUAUACAACUA